AUGACAAAUCUUGAGCACCUCAAGAAAACACCAACUUUGAAUAAUGCUAAUUCAAUGUUGAAUCAAAUUCGUGAGUUGAAAGAUGAAAAUUUUCAGCUAGUUCAAGAAAUGUUUCUUACAACGUUAAUAAGUUUGCUGGAUAAUAAUUAUGAAUUAAAAUCAAAUGAGAUUAAAACAACACUGGUUAAAUGCAUCAACUUAAUUCUUCUAGGCUCAAAAUUGACCAAAGAUUUGCAUUACAAAAUUCUUCUUAUCAUAACAUUGAAGCAGAUCUUCGAUUUUCCUUCAAAUUCAUACAAAUCAAAUCUCUCAGAAGAGCAGAAAAUUGCAACGUUUGAAUGUUUAGAAAUUUCAUCCCGGCGCCUUGAUUCUGAUGUUGUAGAAACUUUCAUGGUCAAUGAGAACAAGAUUCUACUUAGUCAAUGUGUCUUUGUAUGCAAGGAAGCUAUAAUGAAAGAAAAAUAUUUGAAAAUCAGGAAAUGUGCUACUGAGGCUAUUAUGUCUCUUAUGCAACUUCAUGAUAAAGCGGAUUUCAAUGAUAUUGUCUUACGAGAUCAAAUAUCGAAGAUGGUGUUUAUAAUGCUUCCUCAAGUAUCAGCAGCGUUACUUAAUGUUUGCCUUGAGAGUUCUUUUAAAGCAUCGAAUCUUAUUGCUAUUUCUACGAAGGUUUUUGGCAGAUAUUUAUGUUUGGUGUUUGAAGAUUAUGAGAAAAAAUCAAUUGUUGCUUAUUCUUCUGAAGAUUUCGUGCAACUAUUAAAGAAUUCUCAAAAAUUGCAAAAGGACGAUGAUUCAGUGCUGCAAACAAACUCAAAAAAUUCAACAGAGUCUAUUGCAAAUCUCACCAAAUCUGAGGAGUGGAUAAACGCAGCAUCGAGAAAAAUUGCUCCUACGGUCAUGCGAUUAAAAAAACUUCAAGGAAGUGAACAUGAAAAGAUUCGCUUUGAACUCGCUCAUUUAAGUUGGAAUCUGCUUAAUAAAUGUUUGAUAAAUAUUCAAAGUUUCGCACCAUUUUUAUUGGAAAAUCUUAUUUUGUUUUCUGAUGAUUCUGAAGAAAGAAUUAAAGAAUUAAGUUGGAAAUCAUUGCAACAAUUGUCAAUUAAUUAUCCUGCAUUUAAUCAGAAGAUUGAUGAGUUAUUCUUAGAACAUCUAAAACAUUUACCAAUAAUCAUAAUCAAUGGAGAUGAAUCAGAACAAAUAGCUGGGUUUACACUCCUCAACAGCUUCAUUAUCAAUAUCGUCACGAUUAAAUCCGAAAAUUCACAACUCGACUUCAUCUUAGACAAUCCAUUGAUUCUCGCGAAAUUAAUUGAGAAUUUAUUAAGUUGUUGCGAACUCGAAGUGCCAAAUGAUUUAUUAUUUUAUGAAAAUUUAACAAUGAAUACACUACAAGAUGAUUUCUACAAAAUGAAGAAGCCGUGGAAAUGUUUUAAGUAUCUCAAAACAACAGCUGUAAUUAAAAAGUUUUCUGAAAUUUGUCAAAACAUUGGAAAAUCACAAUCUGCCAAACUUUUUAUUACCCACUUGCAAGAUAACAUGGAUUGUUUGGAAUAUCUUGUUUUAUUAAUUGAAAUCAUUGAUGGAAAAAAUGAAAAUUCAGCUCUUGAGGAAAUAGUAGAAGAAUUUUUAGAUCAAACUUAUUGGACAAUGCCAAUAUUUCCAAGUGAAAGAAUUUGUCACAAACCAAAGAAAGAUUUAAAAGAAGAAUGGUUUAAAGACACUACACCAGGACUUUAUGAGUCGGCGAUAGAAGUUCGAUUACGUGAUGUUUCAUUGGAAGAUGAAGAUGACUAUACAGAAGAAUUGACAUUAAAAAGAAUCAAGUAUAACAUUCUCUCAACUUGUUUAGUUGUUGAAUUUAUUGGAACAUUAGCAAAGAUCCUGGAAAAGAAAUUCCAAAGAUUUUUACUUCGAUCACUUCACAAAGUUCUCGAAAAAGCUGGAAAUUCAAAUUUCAUUGUUCGAACAUCAGGACUUGAAGCAUUACAGAAUAUAUCUGAUGGUAUGGGAUUCAAAGAUGUUUCAAAAUUGAUUGAUGAACAUUCAGAUUUUCUUUUGUUCAACAUUAAAAAGCUUUUAAGAAACAAGGACGAAAAUGACGCAGUCAUUGACAUGCUGUCAGUUAUUUUUAAAGUUUCACAGUCAUCGAUGACUGCCUACGUUAAAGACAUUAUUGAUACCAUUGCUGAUAGGAUCGUGGACGAACGUAAAGCGGAAAACGCGUCACAUUUAAAAAUGUUUCAUUUAUACGUAAGUUCAAUAAAAUAUUGGCAGAAAGAUUGUUUCAAUGAUACUGAAAUUGAUAAGACUGAAGUGAAGUUUAAAUGGGAUGAAUUUUUAGAACAAUGCAAAUUUGAAUUAGAAAAUGACGAGGAAAUAAUGAAAGUCAAUGAGAACAUUGAAGAAUCGAAAACUGUUAACGAAGAAAAUUGUUCUGAAGACGUAAAUGAAGAAGAGAUAGUGGAUGAAAAGAUGGAUGAGAAGACGCUUCCACCUCACAUAGAGCUGAUAAUUAAAAUUUUUAAUUCUUCACUUCAAUUCUUCGCUUCUACAAACCCCACUGAAGUUAUUCUUACACAUGAAAUCUUCCUUGAAGGCUUACCGAUUUUACAUUUAUAUGAAGAUGAAUUUCUUCCAAUUGUUCAUCAAAUGUGGUAUCCAUUCACGAAACAAUUUCAAGGCAAAAAUCUCGUCGUUUUGCGUAAUUCUUUUCGUCUUCUUGUGCUCCUUUCAAAACUUGCUAAAAGUUUUAUACUUAAAAGAGCUACAAACGAAGCAAUUCCUGUUCUUAAUAAUUUCUUGAGACAAACAUUUAAAUCAACUGAUAAAAAAGAAAAUUUAUUCUUCACUCAAGAAUUUAAAUUGCAACAUGAGAUUCUGAGUGGCUACGCAUCGCUCAUAAUUGAUUUGGAAGUUGAUGAUAAAGGUGUUGACGAAAUUGUUGAUAUUAUCAUGAGAUACACAAAUCAUUCUAACGAAACGAUCUCCAAAACCAGCAAAAAUUGUAUCGAAACGCUUAAAACUUUCAAUUCCGGUUUAAUACAUUUUAAGAAAAUUCUUGAAUAAAAAUGAUGAAAAUUUUAAUUUAAGAAAAAU